ACCUACUGGACACACGUAGCUGUGGUACACUCCUGCAUAUGCAUACACAAAAAUCUAAAAUCAGACCCUAAUUUCCAUCUCCCUCUCUCGUUUUCUCUCUUGAUUUUUAUCAGCUCUAUGUGCAGAUUCCCCCUAUCUCCAGACCCUAAAACCAACUUCGGUGUGAAAUUCAUGCGUUUUGGCCUGAAUUGAUCCGGCAUCAUUGAGUUUUGAACUAUUUUCAAAGCUGGAGCACCUUAAGACAAUCGGUCGGGAGCUCGCAAUGGGCUCCCAAGGAGGUUUCGGGCAGUCUAAAGAGUUCCUGGACCUCGUCAAAUCCAUCGGCGAGGCCCGAUCGAAAGCGGAGGAAGACCGCAUUGUAUUACGCGAAAUUGAAACCCUGAAAGUCCGACUAAAUGAUCCAAGUACCGCGAAGUUCAAGCUCAAAGAGUACGUAAUCCGCCUCCUCUAUGUCGAGGUGCUCGGCCAUGAUGCCUCCUUUGGGUACAUUCACGCCGUUAAAAUGACCCAUGAUGAGAAUUUACAGUUGAAAAGAACUGGAUAUUUGGCAGUGACUUUGUUUUUGAAUGAGGAUCAUGAUUUGAUUAUUCUCAUUGUGAAUACGAUACAGAAGGACCUGAAGAGCGAUAAUUAUUUGGUGGUUUGCGCAGCUUUGAAUGCAGUGUGUAGGUUGAUUAAUGAGGAGACUAUUCCGGCGGUCUUGCCCCAAGUGGUGGCUUUAUUAGGUCAUCAGAAGGAGGCGGUGAGGAAAAAAGCCGUGAUGGCGCUUCACCGGUUUUAUCAGAAGUCGCCUGGGUCGGUUUCCCAUCUCAUUUCCCAUUUCCGCAAGAGGCUUAGUGAUAAUGAUCCUGGUGUUAUGGGUGCAGCCCUUUGCCCUCUUUUUGAUCUUAUUAUGAUUGAUGUUAACUCAUAUAAAGAUCUGGUGGUUAGUUUUGUCAACAUACUUAAGCAAGUAGCUGAACGGAGACUGCCCAAGAGUUAUGAUUAUCAUCAGAUGCCUGCUCCAUUCAUUCAGAUCAAAUUGUUGAAAAUAUUGGCCUUACUGGGUAAUGGUGACAAAAAGGCCAGUGAACAAAUGUAUACAAUUGUAGGUGACAUAAUGAGAAAAUGUCAUUCAACAAGUAAUAUAGGGAAUGCGGUUCUUUAUGAGUGCAUUUGCUGUGUUUCCUCACUGCAUCCCAAUCCAAAUUUGCUUGGAGCUGCCGCUGAUGCCAUUUCAAAAUUUCUGAAAAGUGACAGCCACAAUCUGAAAUAUCUCGGUAUUGAUGCUCUUAGUCGUCUAAUAAAGAUAAGCCCAGAAAUAGCUGAGCAGCACCAACUGGCUGUCAUUGAUUGCUUAGAGGACCCAGAUGACACCCUAAAGCGCAAGACCUUUGAACUGCUCUAUAAAAUGACCAAAUCAUCAAAUGUCGAAGUAAUUGUGGACCGUAUGAUUGACUAUAUGAUAAGGAUCAAUGAUAACCAUUACAAAACUGAAAUAGCAUCCAGAUGUGUCGAACUGGCAGAACAAUUUGCACCAAGCAACCAGUGGUUUAUACAGACCAUGAAUAAAGUAUUUGAGCACGCAGGGGACCUGGUGAAUACCAAAGUUGCACAUAACUUGAUGCGUCUGAUUGCUGAGGGUUUUGGUGAAGAUGAUGAUACUCCAGAUAGUCAGCUUAGAUCAUCAGCAGUGGAGUCAUAUCUUCGUAUUAUGGGAGAGCCAAAACUUCCAUCUGCAUUUCUUCAACUCAUUUGUUGGGUCUUGGGGGAAUACGGGACUGCAGAUGGGAAGUAUUCUGCCUCAUAUAUAACCGGGAAGUUGUGCGAUGUGGCAGAGGCACAUUCGAAUGAUGACACAAUUAAAGCUUAUGCAGUAACAGCACUUAUGAAAAUAUAUUCAUUUGAGAUAGCAACUGGGAGAAAAGUUGACAUACUACCUGAGUGCCUAUCUUUAGUUGAAGAAAUGCUAGCUUCCCACUCAACAGAUCUGCGACAGCGUGCCUAUGAGCUUCAAGCAGUCCUUGGUUUAGAUGCUCGUGCCGUUGAGAAAAUAUUGCCAAUGGACUCCACUUGUGAGGAUAUUGAGGUCGACAAAAAUCUUUCGUUUCUUCAUGGUUAUGUUCAACAAGCAUUGGAAAAUGGUGCUCAGCCUUACAUCCCUGAGAGUGAACGCACUGGAAUAUCAAACGUUAGCAACUUCAAGAGUCAACAAGAUCAUGAACCCUCAACACAUACUCUUAGGUUUGAGGCUUAUGAGCUACCUAAACCCUCACUGCUGCCAAACAUUCCUCCUGUACUAGCAUCCUCAACUGAACUUGUUCCUGUCCCGGAGCUAUCUAGUGUUGCAGAUAUCCUCCAGACUGCUCCAUCUGCAUCUGAUGCUGGGUCGUCGGAACUAAAGCUACGACUUGAUGGGGUUCAAAGGAAGUGGGGUCGCCCUGCUGUUUCCUCUGUCACACCAUCUACUUCAAGCACUAAUACUGUGAAUGUUCAGAAUGAAGCAUCGCAGCGCGACUCAGCAGGCCGUUCCAACUCAAAAGUACGUGAGGCAUCUUAUGACUCAAAAAAGCAGCCACUAGAGGUUCCACCUGAAAAGCAACAGCUGGCGGCUUCACUUUUUGGGGGUGCAUCAAAAUCUGAGAAAAGACAGUCUUCUAUCCAGAAGAUGCCCAAAUCUCAAAAUCAAGCUGCAGAGACAUCUCAUGUGCCCAAGGCUGCAGCUUCUCGUACUCCUACCGUAAAAACAUCCCAACCUCCUCCAGACUUGCUUGACUUGAGCGAACCAUCUGUUACAAGUAGUGGACCAUCUAUAGAUCCUUUCAAGCAACUGGAAGGUCUUCUUGAUCUUACACAAGAUACAACCUCGGAAACUGCUGGUGGAGUUAGUGGAACUGAGGGACCUGAGUUUUCUCUCUUUGCAGACAUGUCUUUGAGUGUCCAGAGUGAUGGUGCUGCCAAUUCAAUUUCAAAUGUUUCCGACAGAAACGGUCUCGGAGGUACUAUAAUCGAGAAUUUGGUAAAAUCAAAUAAGGGACCAAAUUUGAAGGAAGCUUUGGAAAGGGAUGCGCAUGUAAGGCAAAUGGGUGUGACACCAUCAGGUCAGAAUCCCAACUUAUUUAAGGACUUGCUCGGCUAAACUGUGAAAACCUGCGUCCACAGACUCGGUUGGAUUUCUUCAGGAGUGAUGCUUUAUCUCUCUGUUCCUCGACAUGGCUGUCUAAGGUAGGAGGAUACAACUCAAUAAAAGCAAUCCAUGAUUCAUGAGCAGAAAUCUGGACUGGAAGAAACCUGAGGCGUCUUCAUGGAACGUCACUUGUCUAGAAAAAUUAGUUGCACUUAGUAUUGGUGCAGGAGAUCAUAUAUACAGUAUGUAGAAAUACAGUGAGUUAGAUAGGGUUUCUUGAAUUGUUCAUAGAGCUUUCUUGUGUAUCCUUUUGACCUGAGUUUUGGAUUCAACCGGUUUUUCAAGGAGGCGAGCUGCGCUAUUCAGCCUUA